GGAGGGCUCUGCGAACGUCACACACAACGGCAGUUCAGUUGUUCAGUUGUGUUGUUUGUAGGCCUAAGUGAAAGACGUGUCUGCUUACUGGGCGGUAGUGCGGGUCGACUUCAAGCGUCGCGUGUUGUUUAGAAAUCUUUGGAGGCGAUAGCGUUACUUAAAAGUUGUGAGACCGAAUUAAAUCGAACGAAAACAUGCACUUUCAUUAGCCCCUACACAAGGAAUGAUGGUCAAUGAUGUCAAAACCAGGCAGCGGAGAGUUUGCACCAAAAGCAGAAGUGGAAGACUUCACCCUUCCACCAUGUCCUGGAGAAGAAUCAAGCAAUGGAAUACCAGUGCCGAGCUCUUCCGGGGCCAUGGGGGCCAUGGAGGUGGGGCCUGCUUCAAGGAGCAGCGCUGGGAGCGCCCCACAGUCUGCUGGCAGCAUGGGUCACGUUGGAAGGGGCCACAUGCGCAGUGCCAGCCAUGGCGGAGUCGCUGCGUCUGGGCUGACAAGCUCAGGGUCGACAGGGCUGGUCAGCAGGCCCUCAGCGCUCAAGUCAAGCCGGGGACACCAGCGUGCCUUUUCCCAGGGUCAGAUAGAAGGCACCUCUGACUCUGCUGGACUUCAGCGCGGUCACAGUCGAGUGGGAUCAAGAACGGAUUUCAUUCUGCCCCCUGGUCACAGAGACACGGAAGGCAAUGAUGCUGGGAAUCGUGCUCCAGGGACCAGCGCUCACAAGGCUGGCCGAGGCCACUCCAGGCAGGCCUCCAGGUCCGAGUCAAUUUACACCCUUCGCAAUAACAUGGGUGUGCCGUUUCAAAGAAGAAUGAUCAACUUCAUUUUGAGGCGUGCAGAGAAGACAGAAUUUGAGCGCCCCUCCUACAGAACUAUAGUUCCAAAUCACCUCGUUCCUCCCAAGACUCCGCCUAAACUUCACCCCAAUGGCAAGACAGUUAAUAACCGGAUUAGGACUACCAAGUACACAGUGCUGUCCUUCCUUCCAAAGAAUUUAUUGGAACAGUUCCAUCGUGUAGCUAACUUGUACUUUAUCUUUAUCAUAUUACUUAAUUGGUUUCCUGAGAUUAAUGCCUUUGGAAAAGAAGUGGCUAUGAUUCCUGUGAUGUUUGUGCUUGGUGUGACUGCCAUCAAAGACUUAUUUGAAGAUCGAAGAAGGAAGGCAAGUGACAAGCGGAUCAACAACUCAACAUGCCGUGUUUAUGUGAGCGAGGCGGGCCGCUACAGGCGGCUGCUGUGGCAGGACCUCCGCGUCGGCGACCUGGUGCACCUGUCCAACAACGAGGUGAUCCCUGCCGACGUGCUGCUGCUGCGGAGCUCCGACCCCAACGGAAUGUGCUACAUCGACACGUGCAACCUGGACGGCGAGACCAACCUCAAGCCCCGACAGGUGGCGCGCGGCUUCGUGGACAAGUACCGCACGUUCGAGCCGAGCCUGUUCCGCAGCAAAGUGGAGGUGGACCCGCCCACCACCAAGAUGUACCGCUUCCACGGCACCCUGGUGCACCCCUCGGGCGCCACCGUGCCCGUGGGCACCGAGAACCUGCUGCUGCGCGAGUGCGUGCUCAAGAACACUGACUUCGUCGAGGGCAUCGUCGUCUACGCCGGUCACGAGUCCAAGGCCAUGUUGAACAACGGCGGUCCCAGGUACAAGCGCUCUAAACUGGAGCGACAAAUGAACAUGGACAUCAUCUGGUGCGUCGUCAUCUUGAUAGUGCUGUGCGUCGUGGGGGCUGUCGGCUGCAGGUUCUGGCUGCAGGGCUAUGACCCGGAAGAGUUUAUUCCCUUCAUUCCAAAUUUGAUCCAACGAACACCAUCCUGUGAAGGCUUCCUUGCCUUUUGGACUUUCAUCAUCAUUCUUCAGAUUAUGAUACCACUGUCACUAUAUGUUAGUAUUGAAAUGACUAAACUUGCUCAAGUGUAUCACAUUCACCACAAUAAAGACUUGUACGAUCCUCUGACUGACAAGCGUAUUGAAUGCAGAGCUUUGAACAUAACAGAAGAACUGGGACAGGUGCAAUAUAUUUUUUCUGACAAAACAGGAACUUUGACUGAAAAUAAAAUGUUGUUCAGGAGAUGUGCUAUUGGGGGUGUGGACUACAACCACCCUCCUCCAGAGAAUAUAGAGACUCUUAGACUUAGACCAGGGAUUCCAAUACCAGUCACAGUGAAUCCUGUUCUUUUGGAAGAAUUAGCCCAACUGAGUAUGUCACAUAAGUCGAAGGAUGUUGUUGAUUUUACUCAAGAGAUGGCCUCUGACUCGGACUAUGUGGGAUCCCAGUCAGCCAAUGACAAUGCGAAAGAUGCAGGGGGUGCAGCAAGUGCUGCGCUUGUCGGCAGAUCAGCUCAUUCACAGAAACUGCAAGAAUUUCUUCUUGUUCUUGCUAUUUGUAAUACUGUAGUUGUUGCCAGGCAUCCUCAUCAUGAUAUGAUGAAUGAUAGUGGUGUGAUAGAAUCAAAUCCUGUGCCAAAUUUAUUUGAUCCAAAUAAUUCAAUAACAGUCGAGCCUAUCACAGAAGAGACUACUCCGACAACAUCAAAGCAUCCGCACAGUGCAGGAGCUCGAGCUGGUACCUCCAGUGCUCAUCCAAAUGCACCCUCUACUAGCGGAAAAUUUCUCUUCCACUCGCAAGAAAAUAUCUCCGCUUCUAAUUCAUCCACUCCCAACAUGACUCCUCAGACAAUUUAUGGCGAUAAAUACACAAGACUAACUGAAUCCCGAUCAGUGACUCCAUCGCCACCUCCACUGUCUGCUCUUUCAAGCACCCCCCAGCCCAUCCCAUCCAAAAGCAUGCUCAACCAAAUGAAAGCCUCUUCUGUACCAACCCCUGUUGAUUCCACUCCUGUUGUUGGAUUCUCCAGUCUUGGCAACACAUCUGCAUCCUUUCCAACCCCCUCUCAUCUGCAGCCAAGUCCCCCCAUUUCUAGAAAGAAAAAAUCUGCACUACGACCGAGGCUCUUAAAUGUGCCUCCUUUCAUCAGCUUGACCAGUAGAAGAGGGAGUAGUGCUCCAGCUCUCAGCCAAGGUCGGACAACACCAAUCAUGGGUGACCUGAAACCAAUAUUUGAGGCAGAAAGCCCUGACGAGAUUGCUCUGGUGGAGGCAGCAUAUAGCUACAAUUGUCGACUGGUUCGCAAAUCUGCACACUAUGCCACCCUUUUUGUUCCUGGUGAAGGUUUGAUGGAAUUUGAACUUCUCCAAGUUUUACCUUUUGACUCCAGCCGAAAAUGCAUGUCUGUUGUUAUUCGACAUCCUCACACAAGAGAAAUUAUCUUGUAUUCCAAGGGCGCUGACUCCACUAUUCUUACUCUUUUGGCUCCCACUGAUGACUCAGCUAUGAAACACAUGAUCAUGCGGACACAGCAGCACCUGAAUUCGUAUGCCAAGCAAGGAUUACGAGUUCUUGUGAUGGCUAAGCGAAUUUUGUCAGAACAGUUUUAUGCUAAUUGGGUUCGUACCAAAGGAGAAAUAGAAAUGAUAAAUGACCAUCGAGAACGUGAAAAGCGGACCAGAGAGCUGUACAGCAGCAUGGAGAACUCUCUCGUUCUGCUUGGGGCGACCGGUAUUGAAGACAGGCUCCAAGAAGGUGUCCCUGAGACAAUAGCUGCUCUUUUGAGUGCUGGCAUCGUCCUGUGGGUGCUAACUGGUGACAAACCAGAAACUGCCAUUAAUGUCGCAUACUCUGCGAAGUUAUUCUCACCCCAAAUGGAACUUCUAAAAAUAUCUGCACGCUCCAAAGAAGCUGCGGAAAGAACAAUAGCGUUCUAUCUUGCAGAGAUUGAGCGAGAUAAUCCUCCUGUUGUAAUCAACCCGCCUCUUCUGACAGGGGGAACAAAUGUGACCCGUAUGCGAGUGGGUGGAGCUGGUAUUCACCCCAAACCCAAUGAGCGUGUGGAUGCUGUGCCUCCCUCCCACAACAACGCCAGACCUAUGCCUACCAUGUCGCAUUCCGCUGGAGUCAGGAUGAGUCGUAAAAGAGCUCUCGUUGUGGAUGGAAAGUCUCUAACGUACAUUCUGGACAGACGGUCCAAGUUGCAAAAACCAUUUCUGGAACUUACAAGGCAUUGCUCCUCUGUUCUCUGCUGCCGGGCUACUCCCUUACAGAAAGCUUACAUUGUGAGAGUUGUCAAAGAGCAGCUAAAGAUGAGAACUUUAGCUGUUGGAGAUGGAGCAAAUGAUGUGUCAAUGAUUCAAACAGCAGACAUUGGUAUAGGCAUCUCUGGGCAGGAAGGCAUGCAGGCUGUGAUGGCGUCAGACUUUGCCUUGUCGAGAUUUAAGUAUUUAGAAAGAUUUCUGUUAGUUCAUGGACAUUGGUGUUACCAUCGGCUAGCUUCAAUGAUACUUUACUUUUUCUACAAAAAUGCUACAUUUGUGUUCCUCAUUUUUUGGUACCAGCUUUACUGUGGCUAUUCUGGUCAAAUCAUGCUUGAUGACAUGUUCCUCAUGCUGUUUAAUUUAAUGUUCUCAUCUUUUGCUCCAUUUGCAAUUGGAAUUUAUGACCAAGAUGCACCUGAAGAAAUUUUGCUUGCCCAGCCACAUUUGUAUCGUCAGGGCCGUCUGGGUAGAGUUUACAAACCACAUUCCUUUUGGGUCACCAUGGCAGAUUGUUUAUAUCAGAGCUUGGUUGUCUUCUUUGUUGCAAGAGGAGCUUACAAUGAUUCUGAUGUUGGCUUGUGGCAAUUUGGUACCACAGUCACAACAUCCUGUAUGUUUAUCAUGGUGCUUCAAGCAGCCAUUGAAAUUCGUUCCUGGACUAUAAUACAUCUGGCUGCAAUUGUUCUGUCACUCGUAAUCUACUUUGCUUUCACUAUUCUAUACAACUCAAUCAGAAUACCGUACAUAGGUUAUUCAACCAGUUAUGGUGCAGUUCUCAAAGCGUUCUCAUCACCAGUGCAUUGGAGUGUAGUGGCACUGUCAAUUGUCACAGCAUUGCUUCCGAGGUUUGUGAUGAGAAGUUUGGAAACCCGCUUGUUUCCCAAUGAUGUUACUCGUGCCCUCAUUGAUUGGCAACGAGCUCGUCGUCGAGAUCGACGGUAGAACCAGUGAAGAAGUGUACUUACGUCAACCCUCUAACAGCUGUUGGAUGACCAUUGUUCUUUGACUGUCACUUGCAUGUCAUGCCAAACAAUCUUUCAAAUACGCUUACUGCAGUAGCAUAAAUGUUGAGUGUAAAGUGGCCUAAGGUGCCCCAGUUUUUUUUAAAUGUUAUUGCAGGAGCAAUUCUAUAGAUGUUAAUCUUUUUUUUCAUAGCACUAAAAAUGGUGUAAGAAAAAGAAGUAUGUAGUUGGUGCUGUGCACUUUGUUCAGUAUGAUUCUGAACUUUUAUUUUUGUUCAAUUUGUAAAGAGAUAUUUUCAAUUAAAAUAUUGACUGCUUUGGGGAAGACCCGGUCUGUUACUGUUGGGUCUUGCUCCUUUCCAAUCUUGCCAUUACAUAAUUGUAAGCCUUGGGUAUGUAGAUUAGUUCUCUUGACAAUAUUAGUUUUCUAUUGUGCAAGGAUCUCAGGUUUAUGCUAUGGAAAGGCAUCAAGUGGUUUCUUUCACAAUAGUUCCUGGCAUUUUUUCCAUGUGCCUGUGUGAUAGUGUCCAGGAUGUUUUUCCCUCCUAUAUUUUGUAUGAUAACUUUUAAACAAUUGACCAUGUGAUUCAGUUUUACUUCUACCUCUUGUGUAAUUACUGAUUUUAUUUUGGACAGUACGUGUUGAGUUGACGACACAAUGAAAUGGCUGUGUUAUGGUGCGAUAAUUUGCUCGCUACAAGUUUUUGCUUUAUGUAUGUUAGCUAAAGAAAUUGUCUAAAAAAGCAAAAACAUUUCUGUUUGUGUAUUACUGCACCAUAGAUUAGGUUUAUUAUCCAAUCUGUAACUAGUAUUCUUAUGUUUUUGGUCCAAACUUAUUGCUUGGAACAAUCUAUCAUUUAAAAAUGAUCAAUUAUGCCUGACCAAAUUAUUUUUUUUUAAUUUUUAAUAAGUGAUCAUAAUGACAUGAAUUGCACGACUAUUCUUAUAUCAUCUAUUGUCUGCUUGUAACAGUGUAGUACUAUGCAUAUCAUUUUUGUCUGGAUAUGCUAUCUCCAGCUGACUCUCUUUCGGCAGUGCAUUAAUCAUGGUUAGUGUGGGCAUAUUUGCUCCCUUCAAUGAAGGCUAGUGGCCCUGGGUUUUGGAUCGUUGAAAUAAAUUUGCGGUGUAACGCAUUGGAUUGUCAAGCACUUCGUACUUAAACUUCAAAAGACCUGAAACAUAUCAUUCAUCAGGUACGAUAUUUGCUUGUUUUAUGUAAUGUGCUGAUCUGGAAAUAUUUGUGUGCUUAUGAUGCAUGAUCUUUUUAUGCUGACCAUCUUUCAAUGCCUCCUUUUUUCUUACAUUCCCUUUGUUAUGAUUUCAGUGUGUAUGAUCGGGUUUUAAGUAUUUGCUUCUGUGAAGUUAUUUUAUAUUCUGUCUUGCUUUAAGGGUUGUUUUCAGUUCAGAGCUAUCUACCUAUGAUUCAUAUGCUACAGUACUGUAUUUUUUCCUUUAAAGCCUCACCAAAGAUGUGAUUCAUACAAAAUGAGGUGUUUCCUCUAUGUGGAAACACAGCAAUGUGCGUCAAAUUACAUUUUCAAGCUGAAAUGCGCUGAAUAUCAUGUAGAGUAAAGAGUUUAAUUUGUCCAGGAUUUUGUAGAAGCACUAGGCGCAGCUGUAGGAACAAUGUUCAGUAACUAAAAGACAGUCUGCCUGAGGACACCAAACACAAGUGCCAUUCAAUGUUAGUUUGAUAUUGUAUUAAAGGAAUUGAGUUAUUAAUUUGUUGUACUUUAUUUAAUUAAUGGUGAUUAACUUAUUGUAGCAGAUAAAGGAAUAUUUUAGUUAGUUCUACUGUUGUAAUCUGCUCCACUUCAGUUCUGAGUGAGCAGGCCAGCCAUGUUCUAAAUUGAGGGACCACUAUUUUAUGCUUGUUGUAAGGCUGAGAUUUGUGUUUCAGAUUCUAACUUUGUUGAUUUGGGUGAAAGAUUUAAAGGAGAGACAAACCUGAGACUAAUGAUGGUUUCCAGACAGAGAAUGGGGCUCCUCCUUGGCAGUUAAAAUGUGAAGAAAAUAAAAUGUAAUAGUUGUUUGUCUUUUAAAAUGAUAUUAGCCCUGUACUGUUUGUUGAAUGCAUUGAUGUAAAUGCUGACCACCUGUUUCUUAGAAGUGCCAUGUGUUCAAUUUCUCUGCUGCUUUUAAGACUGCUUACUUAGCCACAAUGCAUGACAAAUUUAAAGAAAAACAAAUUGCAAUAUCUGUAACAAAAAGAUUAUAAAUAAAAUUAGUGAGCUUCUCAACAAGA